UCAAAUUUGAGUAACGAGUUUUCCAAACUUAACUUUAUAUAACCUGGGUUGGAAACCUUGUAUAACCCAAUAGCCAAUAGGCCAAACCCAAAUUUUCUGAACUUCAUUUGUCCACCCCAUUUUAUACGAACAAAACCCAAAAUGAUGACCAAUUUCAAUCAAAUUCAUGAUACACAAUUAGCCAAUUUUCAAUGUCUCAAAGAAGGAAAAUCGAGAAUUCAAUCACAAAUAAUAAACCUAACAUAUUUCUCGAUUUCCAUAAUGUUGCUAAUCAUGUUACUAAACUUUAUCAUCAAUCCAUCAAUUUGCAGCCCAUUUCUUUUAAUUCUGGAAAAAGACAUUCACUUACAAGGGUAUUUGAUUGGAUUUCAUCACACAUAAAGGAUGGAAGAUCAGUUACUUCAGCCGAUGUUAUGGCCUAUGUGCAGAAUGAGCUCAAUGAGUCAUUAUCAACUAAUCCCCAUUUGCAACUGGAAGCUUUGGAUGAAAGAAGCGGAUCGAACCACAGAGGACCAUCCCAAGAUGCACACAUUGAGAUGAAUGUGGCUUCACCUAGCUUGACUGCUUCCACUGAAAACCGAGGACCUGGUGAAAAUGUGCCCUGGGAUAUGGAAGAAGACCCUCCAUAUGUUUAGCUUGAAAAGGUCAUGAUCUCACUUGUGAUUAAAUUGGAUUUUGUUAGAACUUAGAGUUAUGAAAUGAGCAACUUUCUGGUUAUAUCCUUGUAUGGUAAAUGGUAAAUCUGUUAGUAAUUUAGUAUGUAAAUGGAAUGAGUGAUGAACCUCACAUGGUUAUUCUUAAUGCACCUAUGGUUUUCCUUUUAAAA